GGAAUCGCCCGAUCAUCAGCUUCAGACACACACACACACACACACACACACACACACUCCAAUAAAAACCUGAAGUGUACCCUGCGUUUCCUCAGACGCCUCACAGGCCGUACCACCGCCUGCAUCACGCAGUCAGUGACUGGAGUUUGAGCGAGACGUCGUAUCAGCAGCCGGCGCUGUGAGUCAGGGAGGCUGAGGAAGGAUGAGUGCAUCUGGAUGGCGAGUCACGCUUCUGCUGUUAAACCUGUUCGGCUCAGCUAUCCCAUCCCCCGUUCCCGUUUACACACCUGCCCCAUUGCUUCCAUCACAAAUAUCCCCUCCCUCUCGCUCUCCAACAAUCCUCCCAUUUCUGCCUUCUCCUGCCCUCAGUAUCGCACACCGCAUCCCUCCCCCCGACAGCAACUCUGGAGAGUUAACGCUGAAAGACCGCUGCCCUCUGACGAUGUCGCCCUCCGCCCUGGUGGUCAGGUUCGGAGAUCCAGUCACAGCAAACUGCUCUGUACAGAAGAUGGGCUUUUCUCUCCUUGGUUGGGAAGUCUCACUGGCACCUCCUGAACCCACCAUGGAUCAUUUUCUUGUUUGGAAAGUGGACAACAUAACUACGUGGAACAUCGAGCCUAUGUGUUAUGCACUAUCUGACCAGGGAGGACAGUGUCACCUCAAACUUCCUCUAAAAGUCUACAAGCCUCCUGAUAAGGUGACCAUCAGCCUUGUUAAUCACACCGGGUCGCUGUAUGAGGGGCACCAGUACUCUCUGCGGUGCACAGUCCAUGAUGUUGCUCCUGUUGAAAACCUCGUUGUGACCUUCUACAGAGGACAAACAGCACUGAGUCAACUGCAGUCCAGCAGCAGCAGCAACAACAACAACAACAACACAGAGAAUCCAUUCACUGAAUUCUUUACUUUAAACAUCACCCCAACUAAAGAUGAUGACGGAGUCCAGUACUGGUGUGAAGCCAAGCUGGAACUGGGACCUGAAGGACCUCAGCAUCCUCCAGUGGUGAAGUCUCAAAAAUUCACUGCCACAGUGCUCUUUGGGCCACAGCUCGUCUGUCCAACAAAACUGCAGGUGAGGGAGGGCGAGAGCCUCAGCUGUGAGGUGAGAGGAAACCCUCCGCCAUCGGUCACCUGGUUCAGAGACGGGCAGGUGGUGACCCCGCCCACUAGCUCGAGCAGAAAGCAUGCUGGGAAAUACACAGUGCUGGUGAAAGGAUUUCUUGAACAGAGAAACUUCACGGUGGAGGUUGAGGUCCUUGAAGGCAGUGGACCUGCAAACAGCUACAAUGCAGACGUCCUGUUGGCUGUCGGGCUUCUUCAGGUGAUCAAUUGGCUGUAAAACCUCCAGGAGGAACCCAAUAUGAGCUUUCCAUGCUGUGUGGAUGAACUGCUCCUGCUGAGAAAUGUUCAUCAAGGAUGAGUCCCUGGCUUUGUUGCCAUUUGUUAAAAUGGUCUUUUUGUGCAUCUUUGUUUUCAACACUGCAGAUGAAUGUUCUCUUUCGGAGAACUUAUGCUCAGGUACAUUUUCUUAUGUUAAUAAACUGAAGUUUCUAUGUAAUCUUCCACACAAGGUAAAUCUCACAUUGUCCAGACUGACAGCUGCUCCAGAAGAAAGUCACAUUCUAGUUUUGUACAACAUAAUAAUCUCAGUUUAUGAACAAUCUGGACCUUUUUCCACAACAUGUUACGUCUUUCCCGUGUAAGUCCACACUACAGAAAAUACAAGUGUGACAUCUACACUUUGUCUGCUGUACAAUAAAAUGCUGAAUUAUGAUGUCCAAUAGCAGGAUGUUAUUGCUUUAAGACUUGAACUUGUACAAAUAAAAACACAGCCACAAUUA